AUGGUCAUCGAAGAUUCCAAAAGAACCCCAGGGUACCCAGUCAUCUUCAAUGAAGCCGACCUCAUCGAGAUAAACAUGCAAGACGACGGGUUCCGAUACUGGGGUAUUGCCAUUUACCGAACCACUUACAAAAGCAAGUCAGACUGGGAAGAGUUCCUCCGCCGGUUCCUGGGCCGUGUCCGCAGGACACUAGAAUACUACAAAGGUCUCGAUAUAUGGGAUUCUUUCCGGCCCACGGUGAUGGAGGACAAGAGUCGAUUUGACGGAGCGACACCCACUCAGAUACGAGACGCUUUCAAGGAGUGGGCGAGGACGGCCUAUGAGACAGAGCAAGGGGUGACAUAUGAGCGCGCAGAAUGGGCGUAUAGAGCCCGAUAUCGGCUUUGUAUCCUGGUUAAUGAGGAAGCGGUACGGUCUGUGUUAGAGAUUCCGGAGGAGAGAUUGGAUAAGUUAAAUACUACUAGGUUUAUGGUGAUGAUCAAUGGGCGGUGGGUGCCGGAGAUUGCUGAAGGGGAAGAAGAUGAUGAUGAGUACGAGCUAUUGUAUGGCUAUACGAGGGAAGAUGUGGGCUGGAUAAAGGUUCACUAUGAUCGAGCGCAAAUUAUAGCCUCCACUACGAUACGCGAUGGGUCGGAUUAG